GCUUUAAUGUACGCAGCGGGAACUUCACAAGCUGAAGUUCCCAUAGAGUAGAGCAAGAACCUUAGAACCCAGCUGAUCUCAACUUGCAACACCUACAUCGCAGAAUGAUCAUUCCUUCACAGGACUCUACCGUGACAGAUCCAACCUCGUUUGAACUCAAAGCUCCCCCAGAAACUGAGGGUGAGCUUCCCGGAGAAGCACCUCCCUCAUAUUAUAACAACACCUCGGACCAAAAUGCAAUUACGGGUGCAUCCUCUUCUAGCACUCCUCUUCAACCCACAUUCAAGUCCAAACCAACGAAUUACUUGCUUCUCUUCAAUGACAAUAGCUCUAUCAAGGGGGAAUACGUCAUAGACCCUGGCAUGACCAUCCCCACGUCUCUUCUGCCACCGCUGUCUCCAGAAGAGAGCGAGGCAGAAAGAAAGAAUCUAUCCUUACACUCGACACAUGGAUCUGUCAAUGCAGACGUAUGGCUACUCGGUGCUCGAGCCGCCCAACCCUCCGAUUCCAAGAAGUCUACAAAACGCACGAUACUCGACAUUGGCUCUGACAAUGGUUCUGUUACUGCGCGGGUUCACACCAUUCACGGGGCUGAGCCUUUCUUGUUAACCAUUUCCGCCAAGAACGGCGGUGUGAAUGUUACUGUUCCGCGCUCUUUCAAUGGUCUCCUUCUUCUAACGACCAGGCACGGCACCGUCUCACUCGCUGAUGCUCUCUCCGAGAACUGCACGCAUCUUAGUCAAGUAGAUCUGACUCGCAGAUAUUUUGUUGGAGACUUGUCCAUGGUUGGUGACAGUGAUUGGCCUGGGGACGAAGUGCGGGUAGACGCAAAACAUGGAAAGAUCUGGAUAAGAUAUUUUGAAGAGCAUACCAGUAAAGACGAUACGAGCAAAGGAGGUCUUUUCAGUCGGUUAUUCGAGUGGUAGUACUUCUUGUCAUUGUACGGCUAUUUUCCAAUCCCGACUCCGCCGGAUCAUUUAGCGUCUCCUCUUUAAUCAUCCUUAUCAAUGUCACUUUGAC